UCUCUCGGUCCCCUUCCAUCGCGUCCGAUCUCUCUCCAGGCUCCGGCGGAAUUCUGUAGUUUUGCUUGUGCUCCCGCCUUUGCCGUCGGCCGCCGCCGCCGCCUCCCGCCGAGCCCCAGGAAAGGACAGCACGAUGGUUCAGAAGAAGAAGAAAGCAACCGCGCCGGCCAAGCUCCGCAAGCCGCCGAAGCGCGAAGCGGAGAAGAAGCUCGGGAAGAAGGCUGACAUGACGGAGUUCAGGGCGCAGCUGGACUCACUGGGGCUAAAGAUAGUCGAAGUGAACGCAGAUGGCAAUUGCUUCUUCAGGGCACUGGGUGACCAGCUUGAGGGCAGCGAAGAAGAGCACAUGAAGUACCGAGCAAUGGUUGUGGAGUACAUAGUGAAGCACCGUGAGGAUUUUGAGCCAUUUAUCGAGGACGAAGUUCCGUUUGAAGAAUAUUGUGACUCUAUGCUGAAGGAUGGGACUUGGGCUGGACAUAUGGAGUUGCAAGCCGCUUCUCUUCUCAUGAGAAGAAACAUAUGCAUUCACAUGCUUAACUCACCACGUUGGUACAUAAACAACUUCUCUGGCCGUGAAGCUGCUAAUAUGAUUCACUUGUCUUACCAUCAUGGCGAGCACUACAACAGUGUCAGGCUGAGAGAAGAUCCAUGUCAAGGUCCUGCAAUGCAAGUUCUCAUCAAGUUACAGACAGAUGCCAACAUAUCUAGUACAAACAAUAAUGCCCAAACAAAAGCAAAGGACCCGAAGAAAUCCUCACACAGAUCAACCUAUGAUCAAGAAUCAGUUAAAUUGGUCAUGGCUGGAACUGGAUGUUCUGAUGCUUCCAUAGCUGAGCACGUUUUGGGAGAAAUGGACGGCGAUGUUGAUGCUGCUAUUGAGUACAUGAUAGCGGAGCAAUUUGCAAUGGGUGCUAAUGAUGCAGAGGGAGACCCUUAUACGGACUGUGCAUUAGUAGAUGAAUUUUCCAAAUGGCACGAUGAGAACCAGGCGAUCGAUCACAAGGAUGAAGCAAGUUGUUCUAGCAAAGAUGAAACGGUUCAGAAACCAAAAGAUUCACAUUCUAAGGAAAAAUCCAAAACCAAGGAUUGUUCUUGUGGAUCUACAAAGAAGCAUAAGGUGUCUUGUAGUUUAGCCACGGCUACACCACCAGGAGAACCUUCAAGGGCCAAAGGUGUCCAAGGGAAAGGCCAGAAAGGGAAGAAGCAAAAGAAGAAAGAACAAAAACAAGCACAAGCAGCACAAGUCAGGAAGAAAGAACAAGCACAAGCAGCACAAGUCAAGGAGCCUAGAGUUGCAUCAGACCUAGGAGCUCUUUGCAUAUGAACGUUGAUUUGAGUCAUGUUUUACUCUGAUGGCUUGCACCGACUCUGCUGCAUUCAUGUGUUUUGUCAUGCUCAGUUAAAGCGAAUGCCAUCUGCCGAGUGCUCAGCGAGUCGCCGAUAGGUAUCUAACCUUGACUAUGGAUGAGAGUGACGAUGAUGUUGGCAAAUCAGGAUGUUGAGAUCGUAUAGAAUCACAGACGAGCCAUUGAUACGAGACUUGUUAUUUUUCCUAGACAAACCUCCUUUUUGACAGCUACUGAGGUGUAAGUUUGUAAGCAAAUUGUUGAGCCUGUCAUUGAAUUAGUAUUGCCGUUAGCCUCGUGAA